UGCAGCAGUCCUUCAGGAAUGAUAAAAUCCUGCAGGAUUUUCCCUUGUGCAGCAAGUGUGCCGGACAUUCCUGCAUGAUUAUAUUGUGCAGAAGGCUCCAUUCUACACCUUACAGGAAUAUUCUGUACAGUUUGUCAACGUGUCCUGUAGGAUUUCAUCAUUCCUGCAGGAUUCCUACACUGAAACGAUGUUUAAUUUUUUAUAUCAAAUGACACUGCUGCAAGAGUUUUAUAAAGAUUAAUACAUGGGAGUCGGUUCGUUCGCAAACGACACAUCACUCAUUCCCAGGCGAAAAGACGCAUUUUUUGUGAUCUAUGCCCAAAACUGCAUGCCACCCUAAAUUAUAGCUCGACAUAAAGCCCCUGUUACCUUAACGAAACGUCUUUCACAGAUUAUUAACAUAUUCAGAUUGGAAAACGGAUGUAGUCAAUAGUCAUUGCGAUAUAUCCGAGUCCGGUAGAGGAAGUGAAUCAUAAGCAAUGCUGGUCCCGCUGUAGUGGUUCGAGGAGACCGCGUUUAGGAAUGACAGCUGUGUGUUUGAUCGCGGCGCUGACUCUUGCUCUGAAACCAGAACAUGUUAUCUGUGAGAAAUGGACUUCUGUGUCAGUAAACAGCACUUCACUGGAACCCGACCGGAAUCUCAGUGCAGUUACAGAGACUUCGUCUGUACUGAACAGCAAUGAGGACGAGUGUGACAAGGUGAUGACACUGCCUGCCAGCCAGCGCUGCGAGUUUGUUCUGAACACCACAGACUGCCAUGUGGAGGGUGGCUUUAUUAAUUACCCCUGGAUCACUUUUUGCUUGUUUCCUGCUAAACUCUUGCCUCUUGCUAUUUUUUUAUAUGUUCUGUGGUUGUUGAUUUUGUUCCUGAUUCUUGGACUGAUUGCAUCAGAGUUUUUUUGUCCCAACCUCUCUGCAAUCUCCUCCACUUUGAGGCUGACACAUAAUGUGGCUGGUGUGACAUUUUUAGCCCUUGGUAAUGGGGCUCCGGAUGUGUUCAGUGCCAUGGCUGCUUUCUCGCGUCCACAGACAGCUGGUCUGGCCAUUGGAGCUUUGUUUGGGGCAGGCAUCUUUGUGACCACAGUGGUGGCUGGGAGUGUUGCCCUGGUGAAGCCUUUCACUGUGGCGUCUCGCCCCUUCCUGCGUGAUGUCAUCUUCUACAUGGCAGCUGUCUUCUGGACUUUCAACAUUCUCUAUAAGAGAGAGAUUUUACUGCAAGAAGCCCUAGGAUAUCUGGGACUGUACUUGCUGUAUGUUAUAACUGUGGUGGUGAGUGCAUAUAUUUAUAACCGCCAGUCACGCUCCCUCAGUGAACCACUACUGAACUCUACAGAGUUUAGCCAAGAGGAGGAGUAUGAGCCUUUGAUCUCCUUCACUGAGUCAACCAGUAGCAUUUUCCUGAGAGCUAUUAACCCCAUAGAUUCAAGGAGCUGGAGGAGGAUACACUGGGGCUGGAAAGUGCUCAAGAUCUUUCAGCUGCCAUUUGAGGUGGUGUUACUGCUGACAGUUCCAGUUGUGGAUACUGAUAAGAAGGAACAUAAUUGGAAACGCCCUCUUAACUGUGUGCACCUUAUCACUGGGCCAUUGGUAUAUGUGCUUACCUUCAACUCAGGAACAUAUGGUCUGUACCUCAUUGAGGGAGAAUUUCCUGUGUGGCUGCUCACAGCCUUAGUCGGAGCUUUCCUGUCAGGCAUAGUCUACUAUUCUACUACUAAUGAGCAUCGUCCUCUUUACCACUUUCUCUUCGCUUUACUGGGAUUCAUAGUAAGUGCUUUGUGGAUCAACACAGUGGCCUCUGAGGUUGUGAGUGUGUUGCACCUGCUGGGCAUCGUCCUUCGUUUGAGUAAUACUGUACUGGGACUCACACUUCUUGCAUGGGGAAACAGCAUCGGAGAUUGCUUUGCUGACAUCACUAUCGCACGGCAGGGCUACCCCCGCAUGGCCAUUUCCGCCUGCUUCGGAGGCAUCAUUUUCAACAUGCUGUUUGGAGUUGGUCUCGGCUGCCUGCUGCAGAUGUUCAAAGUUCAUGAUUUCGUAAUGCUGGAAUCAGAGGGUUUGCUGUGUUGGGUGCUGGCAGCAGCGUUGGGUCUCUCUCUGGUCUUCUCAUUUGUGCUGGUUCCUCUGCAGUGCUUUCACCUGAGUCGAGCCUAUGGUAUUUUCCUCCUGCUCUUCUAUGCCGCCUUUCUCAUUAUCGCACUCCUCACAGAGUUUGGAAAGAUCCACUUGUAAACCUAGCACAUACGAUGAUUGUGUGUAUGCAGGAAGGUUACUGUGGACUUUUCCAACAGUGUUAAAGCAGUACAAAAUGUCAAAAUCGCAUGGUCUUUUUAAACAGUGUGACUGUUGAAUCUGGAUGAUUUAAUUUUAUUGUAAUAAAUAUGCCGGGGGGGGGGGGGGGG